UCACCGCGGGGAGGCGCCGGGACGGGGUGGCCGCGAUGCUGGAGAACGGCUCCCUGAGGAACUGCUGUGACCCGGGCGGGCGCGGCCGCCUGGGCUUGGCGGAGCGGGAGGCGGCGGCGGGAGCCCCGCGGCCCGCCUGGGUGGUGCCGGUGCUGUCCAGCGUGCUGAUCUUCACCACCGUGGUGGACAUCCUGGGCAACCUCCUGGUCAUCCUCUCCGUCUUCAAGAACCGCAAGCUUCGGAACUCAGGUAACGCAUUUGUGGUGAGCCUAGCUUUGGCUGAUCUGGUGGUGGCCUUGUAUCCAUACCCGCUGGUGCUCUUAGCUAUUUUCCACAAUGGAUGGACACUGGGUGAAACACACUGUAAAGCAAGUGGCUUUGUGAUGGGACUAAGUGUAAUAGGCUCUAUUUUCAACAUCACUGCAAUUGCAAUAAACAGAUAUUGCUACAUAUGUCAUAGUUUUGCCUAUGACAAGGUGUACAGCUGCUGGAAUACAAUGUUGUAUGUCUCCUUAGUCUGGAUAUUAACAGUAAUUGCAACUGUGCCAAAUUUUUUUGUUGGCUCUUUGAAGUAUGAUCCACGCAUCUAUUCGUGCACAUUUGUCCAGACUGCAAGCUCCUACUACACAAUAGCUGUUGUGGUGAUUCACUUCAUCGUCCCUAUCACCAUCGUCAGCUUCUGCUACCUUCGAAUUUGGGUUUUAGUGCUUCAAGUUCGAAGACGAGUCAAGUCAGAAACAAAGCCAAGAUUGAAGCCAAGUGACUUCAGAAACUUUCUUACCAUGUUUGUUGUUUUUGUGAUUUUUGCCUUUUGCUGGGCACCUCUAAACUUCAUUGGACUGGCUGUAGCCAUUGAUCCUACAGAAAUGGCACCAAAAGUUCCUGAGUGGCUAUUCAUUAUAAGCUACUUAAUGGCCUAUUUCAACAGCUGCCUUAAUGCAAUAAUAUAUGGUCUUCUUAACCAGAAUUUUCGAAAUGAAUAUAAACGAAUUUUAAUGUCACUGUGGAUGCCAAGGCUUUUCUUCCAGGACACAUCCAAAGGAGGAACUGAUGGCCAGAAGAGCAAGCCUUCUCCUGCUUUAAACAACAAUAACCAAAUGAAAACUGAAACCUUGUAAAUGUGUAAUAGUCAAUGCAAGAGUUGGUCAUGGAGAAAACCAAGAUCAUAGUUGUAGUGUUCUGGUUUUGGGGAGUUUCUACUUGGAUCACACUUUAUGACUGGAAUACUGUCUUCAUAGUAAAGCACAUUGCUCUGGAUUCAUGAUUUAUACAAGAUACUAAUUGAAAAUAUGUUUCAGAAUUAAAGCAGCAGGUGGGUGCAAGCUGUUUUAGUUCUGAGAGCUGAAUCCUGCUUCCAGACAUAUGAACAAGGUAUUUUUUUACUUCAGCGGGAGUUUUGCAUUCUUUAUACAAGAUCAGGAUUCAUUUCCUAGAAGAUGUAGUGAGUCCGUGUGUACAGCAGCUCAUCAAGGGUCUGGAGUGGCAUUUUCCUCCCUUCUGUAUCUGAACAGAGGGUGAGACAGACACUUAUUUUCCACAAUAAGCCAAACAUUGCAUUUCUGCACAUGUACUGGUGACGGUAAUGGUGUCUUUGAAUCCAAUUUGUAAACUAGAGAGAAGAAUAUUUGUGCAAAAGCAAAUAUUAACAUUAGAGACUUUCCUCACAGGUUUUUCAUACUUACAUACAUCAAGAAAGGGAAUACAGUGUGUCUACUCUGUUCACCUUUUGUGGUUGAUUCUUUGAUAGAUAAUGUAAUUGGUUGAUUUUUCACAGAUCUACCUUACACAAUAUUCUUCCUUUAGAAAAGAUUAAAUUUUCAUUGAACUUCGUUAAUUUACCAAAAUAUCUAUAUAAAAUGUCAUUUGAUGCACUUUAGCACUCCUUACACAUUUGUGACAGCCUGGAAAUUAUUGCAUAUAACCUGUGAUCUGGAGUGGCAACUGGACAUUAGACAGGAUAUCCUGGAUCAUCUCAAAUGAUGCUAGACCAAAAGAAGAUGCCCCUUUGACUCUAAUGGUAGCAGAUAUACUUGACUCAUAUGUCUACAUCUAAUCUCAAACAAGACCCACUGCUGGUGUCUAACCUUCAACGAGGUUCCCUAUAGUGGAGAUAUGUUUCCUUCCAUCUGUGAGGAUAAACACACAGCCAAGGAUAAGUUCCACUGCUUUGUGGAGGUGCUGGUCUCUUUCACUGACUCUAAAAGCAGCUUUGAUUACUAGUUCAAGCACCUAAUUUUGGAUAGCUAGAAAGGGAUUUAUCUUGCUUAAUUUUGGAUGAACCCAGCGUAGAUGUUUGCACACAGUCCAUUUUCUAAAUAUUCACAGUAGUCCUUAGAGUUCUAGGAAAUUAUUCCUUUUCUUUUGAAACAGAUAUCUUUAUUGAUCAGAACCUUCACUUAUCUUUGGCAACAAAGAUCAGGUAGCUCACACACAGACACACACACACACACAUUUCAGGCAAAGAUGGGCCAUCUUAAUUCCAUAAAUAGCUUACUUACACUUUGUAUUUGCUAUUCAUAAAACAAAAAUAUUUUUUUUCCACUUUAUUUUGAAACUCAGCUCAAAUUCCAACUGGAUUUCUGCUUUUCCAGUAGCACAUUUUAGCAGUGACUGUGAAGAUCAGAAUACAAUUUGGAUUAUAUUCUGGAGUAUUAUAGUAAUUUACACGACGUGGCUGUACUAUCUCUAAAUCAGCCUAGGGAUCUGUGAGCCAGCAAUGAACUUAUUUUAUCAUUAGGCUUGAAAUGCACAUUGCUCUUAGCAUUUCUUAGCAGUGCUCUUCAUGGAAGAGGAGCUAGGUCUCUGGUAAAUCCAUGUCAGAUAUUGAAAUGGGAUAAUGGGACAAUUCAGGUUGCUGUUACAUUCCAGAAUGGGUUUCCUGACUUGGCUAUUAUGAAAAAUAUUUCUGUAAUAUUAAUUUUUACAGCAAAUACACUCCUUCCAAAGCUAUAAAGUUGUAUUAAACACCUCCCUUAUGUUGCUAGAGUGAUAGAAAAAUAUCAAACAAUCACAGUAUUUUAAAAGUUUGCCAAAAUCCUUUGUAAAGUACAGCAAAGUAACAAAUGUGAUUAUUAUUUUAUGGGCUUUCAUGUUCUUCACAUGACUUCUGAUCAUCUCAGAAGUUCAGUAUCCUCAGACUCAUACAGGCUGAUAAGCUGAAAACUUUGUGCAUAGGAGUAAUGAAGAGAUGAGACAAAUAUAACCUCGUGGCAGAAAAAAAAAUAUUGUGGCUAAAAGUAGCAACCAUUAAUAAGUAGUUUUUACCUGAAACAUAAUUUUAUAAGUCUGAAACUAUUUCAGUGCAUAUUGUCUUUCUUCAUGACUUCCACAGCAAGAUAUGGAUCACAAAAUCAAUAUACAUGUUUAUCUAUGUAUAAAAUUUCCCCCAGAGUAAAUAAGGGGUUUCAAGAGUCUGAAACUUGUGGGAAAGGACAUAAAAUUUGAUUCCUGACAAUCCUGCUUUUUCUAACUUCUCUGAAAUUGUGUACUUCAAAGUCAAAAUUGGUCGUCUGACUUUUAGGUGAACUAUAAUUAGAAGUAAAUUGAUAGACUUUGGUUUAUGUCUCACUGGAUUGAAUCAGAAUAGAGUCCAAAAAUUAUUAGUUUAGCUCCAUAAAAUGAAUUUAAAUGUUGGAACCAUUUCUUUGGCCAUAAAAAUAAGCUGCUAUCACUCUCAAUACUCGUGAGGAGAAGACUUAAAAUUUGUAUGAAGUAGUUUUUCAAAUUAUAUCUGGUCUUUAAAAAUUAAAUAUCACUUUCAGAAUCCUUGUUCUGAUAUGUUCCAAACUACCCUAAAUGUAGCUGACACAAGAAAUUGAAUAGAAUCAUUAAGUCAUGGAAUGGCCUGGGUUGGAAGGGACUAGAAAGGUCAUUACAUUUCAGCCACUCUGACCUGGUCAGGGACACCUUCCACUAGACCAGGCUGCUCAAAGCCCCAUCCUGCCUCAACUUGAGCACUCCCAGGGAUGGAGCAUCCACAGCUUCUCCAGGCAGCCCACGCCAGUGUUUCACCACUGUCACAGAGAGACGAGUUCCAAAAUUAGAUCCUCCCUCACAAGUGAUGGAAAAUUUUUGGAACAAUGAUAAAUUAUUAGAUGUGGAUUUUACCACAGCAUUACCUGAAAGGGGCCCUGCACUGCAUGGUGGUUGCAAAGUCAACUUUGCUAUUUUUGUGCCAGGUACUGGUAUGGACAAUAGUUCACACCUGUUAAAAUAAGUUUUAUACCACAUAUCACUACAAAGCAUUGCAUUGAGUAGACCUGGAAAUAAAUAAAAUCCAUAACAUUUAAAUUUUCCUGUAAGUUAAUGAAAUGCAUAAAAAUAAUAUUUAGAUUACUAAAUCCAGCUCUCAAUGGUGAAAAGUCUUUGUGUAGUAAUGUGUAUUUCUAGCUACAUCAGAAGCUUUAAAUUAAUUUUCUCCCUUUCCUCACUUUAAUUCAAAAUCCAUUUCCCCAAAUUUAAGUUUGAAGGAAAACUUUAUAAAUGCACUGUCAAGUGAGUUGAUAUGGUUACAGCAUGAUUUGAAAAUAUAGUCAGGAAGAACAUAUCAGCUCUGAACAGGUUUAUGCAUCUUUGAGGAAAUUAUUACUUUUUUUAUAUAAAAGUAUUUACACCAGCAUAUCUGAUAUAGGCACUUUAAGAAAAAAGAGGAAAAAAGUCAGGUAGACCCUGUGUCCUGCACAUGGUAACUAGUGAAGGAAAAAUUAGGGCCUCAGGGAAAAAGUCUGUUUCCAGAAAAUGUGGAGUGUUUUCAAACUUUUAGUGUUACCUUAAUUAAAAAGUGUUGCAUUUUCUGUUAAUUGAAAGAAGUAAAUGUAUUCUACAUCUGUUCUUACAGUAGAUUUCAGAUUAGAAAUAAGCUUACUCUCACACAGAUGGGUGAGCACCAGCUGUAAAUUCUGUUUCAGUAAAGAGAGAAGUGGAGCUGUGGUAAAGUCUAAAUGAGACUGAAACAAUGCAUUAGUCUUAUCUUGUCUCUCUGUGCAAAUAAAGAUGUCACUCUCAAGGAAGAAUUAAAACUAAAAGCACAGUCCUAUUUGUGUUGACUUUGUUGAGAUUUCUCACUAAAUUAUUGACUGAAUGGAAUAAUUCUGCCUGGCUCACUCUCAGGGGCAGAAAUGUGUUUCUGUCUCUCCACUUCUUCCUUUAAGGAUGUACUUAGAUAAAAAUUAUUGUUUUCAUUUCCCAAUUGUAUUUUAAUGAAUUGCACCAGUCUGGGAAUUUGCCAAUGAAUAAAUAUAUAUGGAAGAUUGUAUAUAUUUCUUAAUAUGUAUAUAAAACUGUUUUGGUCAUCUGAACAAUUUGUUGCACUUAAAGAUGUUUACAGAUUUAAUGGAAAAUGAGGAAGACAAUUUAUUUUCAGUCAUCUAUUGAUAUGUUGUUAGUUUAACUGGA